UUAUUAACUUUUUUUUUUAUUUUUUUAUUUUUAUUUUGACCUAAUAAUUAUUAUUAAUGUUAUUUUUUAUUUUCAAAUCCAAGUUUUGAAUUAUAUAGAGACAGAAAAAAAAAUCUCUAAAUGCCACUAUUUUGUAAACUAAUUUAAUUGACUAAAAAAAAGAAAAAAAAAAAAAAAACCAACAGCAAUAAAAAAUAUUAAGGCAAGUUUAAUUCUUUAAUUUAAAAAAAAAAAAAACUUGUCAAAAAAAAAUAAAAAAAUAGCUUUGAAUGACUUUAAAAAAUAUACUGUAAAAUAAAAAAAUAAAAAAUAAUAAUAUUAAUGACUAUAUAAAAUAAAAAUGUAAUAUUGUAAUAAAGUAUUACUCAGUGAUAAUAAUGUAAAAAUAAAAAUUAUAUAUAAAAAAACAAAUUAAAAAAAAAUAAAAAUAAUUAACUUUUUAUAAAUAUGAUAAACAGCUCAAUUGUUAAUAUAACAAGUGAUUCUGAAAUUUGCCAAUGUUAAUAUUUGAAAUAAAAAAAAAAUAUUGUAAUAAUUAAAUUUAAUGAUAUUGUAAUGUUAUUGUUACUAUUUUGUUAUUGUAUUAUUUUUAGCUGUGUGUAACCAUGGAUACGUCAAGGAAAAAAAAAAACAAUCAGUAAAGCGUGGUGAGUGUGGUGAGAGUGUAAAGUGUUGUAUUAUUAUUAAAAAUACAAUAAAAAAUGUCAAUGCACGCUGAUUUUAUAACGGGACUUUCACCUCAAAAAUUAAAAAAUAAAAAAAAAAAAUUAAAUUUAAAUUAUUCAUAUCCAAAAUUUGAAAAUUUAAAAAAUGAUAAAGUUUUACAAACUAAACGUGCAAACCCACGUAGUGUAAUUGAUAAAAAUUUAGAAACUGAAGAUGGUUUAUAUGUGUCACCAAAUGGUCCAUUAACUUAUAAUGUUAUAAAACCAUAUAAACUUGAUAAAUAUAAUACAAUUGUUUUAAAAAAAAACAAACAAAUAAAAAAUAAAAAACUUGUUGAAAUAUCAAUUCGUGAUGUUAUUAUACAUCCAAAUGAUUCUACAUUAAAAAUUAAAAUAACAUCAGUGCAAAUAUUAUUUAAUAAUAAAAUAAUAUGUAAAAUAUCAAGUCCAUUUAAUAGAAAAUUAUAUAAAUUACUUGUUAAUAAUGAUUUUAAAUCAAAUGAUUUAUCAGUUAAAAUUCAAACACAAAAUAAUUGUAAUAGUAUAUUGCCAUUUCCAUUACCACAACAUUGUGUUAAAGAAAAAAAAAUUAAUAUUGAUUUUUCAAUUAAACAUAGCUCGGGUAUAAUAUUUUCUGGUACACUAAUUUACACAGUAUCAUUGUCUAUUGAAUAUAAUGAAGAUGAAGAUGAUAAUGAUGAUAAUUAUAAUGAUAAUAUUUCACGAGCAGAACAGUUAAAUAAUUAUUCAUAUAAAUUAACAAAUGAUCCAAAUGAUCCUCAAAGUUGUUUAUUAUUUUUGGAUAAAAUAAAUCCAAUUUCUGAAGAAACAAGUUGUGAUUAUUUUCUACUUGGUGAUCCAGCAUUACAAUUGGAUAAUUUAGAAAUUGAAAAAUUAAAAAUUAAUAAUAAUAAACCAAAAAAAGAUAAAAAAUUAAUACCAGAUGUAGUUAUAUCAGAAGAGCCAGCAUUUUCAUUAUGGGAUAUAUCAAUUGGAAAUUGGUUCCAAGCAUCAAGACCAUUAAGACCAUCAUCAGCAACAAAUACACAAAAAAUAAUACGUACAAUAAAUGAUGAUUUAUUAACAAUAACAGUAUUGCGUGGUAUUGAAAUACCAGUACGUGAAGAUACAUCAUUAGUACAACCAAUUGUACAAAUAAAAGCUGGUGAAUUAAUUGAAACAACAACAACAGCUGAUGGUUCAUCACCAAUAUGGCAACAAACAUUAAAUUUUGAAUUAUCAAAAUUAAAAAAUCAUACAUGUAUUAAAUUAUCAUUAUAUGAUCAACAUCCUGUAUGGGGUUUACAAUGGCUUGGACAAUCAAUAAUACCACUUGAAUUUAAUCAAAAUAAUCAAGAAUUUGAAAAAUGGAUUAGUUUAUCACCAUUAAAUAGUCCAUUAAUUAGAUUUGGAUAUAUACAAAAUAAUCAAACAUGUACGUAUACUAAAAUAUAUAUAUUAAUGAAAAUUGAUAAUAAAUUUAAUAGUAUUGAUAAUAAUGAUAUUAAUACAUUAAAUAAUUUAUCAAAAUCAAUUCAACGUUGUAUUAUUGUACCAUAUAAAAUUAAUGGUAUUGAAAAACUAGAUGAUGCUGCAAGAUUUGUUAUGUUAUUAACACAAUUACCAAAUAAAUAUGGACCACUUACACCAAGACAAGCAAUUAAAUUAAAUAAAGUUGAUCAUUAUGGACGUGCAUGUUUACUUGUAACAUUAUUUCAAGGUAUUAAUAUUGAUGCAUAUGUUGUUAUUGGUAAUUCACAAGCUAAAAAAUUAACUGCAUAUGUAUUGACAAUUGAAGAUAAAGAUGUUGUAUUAUUAUGGGAUCCAGAAAAUGGUGAUAAAUAUAAUCUUGGUGAUUCACGUUGUUCAUUGAUUAAAAUUAAUAGACUUAUUAAUCAUACAAAUAUUUGGAAAAAUCUUCAAACAACAAUAACUCCUUCAAAUUUAAGAUUUAAUGUAAAUGUUGCAAAAGAUUGGCAGCCACUUGGUAUUAAUUCAACUGUUAAACGUGAACCUCAAAUUCUUGAAAAUGAUGAUCUAUUGAUUGAUAAUAAUGACGACAAUGAAAAUAAUAAUUUAGACAUUGAAAAUAAAUUGAAAGAUAAAUUAUCACAGUGGCGAAGUAGUAUGGGUUUUACAACUGUUUUUAAUCGACAUGCUGCAACAGUUUUACGUAAUUUAUUAACAAAAUUAUCAAUUAAAGGUGAUGGACAAUAUGAUAAAAAAGAUUUAAAACAACUUAAUCGUGCUUAUGUUGUUCAUGGUUUUGUGCUUAAUCUACGAUGUACACCGAUUGAUGAAUUGGUUGAUUUAUUUGAAACAACUAAAAUUCAACAAGUUACUGGAGCUGUUGAAUUUGCUAUUGUUUGUCAUUUACAAAAAUAUGUUGGCAAGACAUCAUCUCUUUGGCUUGCAGUUGUUGUUUUGAAGAGUCGAAAUUAAAAGUGGAUAAAAAGAUGCAAAGUAACAGAACCUGUUCUACCGUUUGUUGGGCCUAAUUGCAACACGAAAAAAGGUGAAGCGGUUGAAGAAUCCUUCCUUCAUUGAUUCUAAUGUUAAUAAAUAAUUAUUAACAGAAGCCUAUGACAAGACGUUUUAGUGGUAAAAUAUAUCCAACAAAUAUUUUGGCAGUUUAGCCGAAAAUAUACUAAAAUAUUUAGAUAAUAAAAAAUUGAUGACACGAUUUUUUUAUUGGGGUUCGAUUAAUGUAUUUGGACGACUUUAAUUUGUAAUAAAAAAGAAAAAAGAAUUAAAGAUGCUU